CUUUUCCACCUUUAAUUGUCUCUCCAGUCUCUAUUCCCAACGUCGUUGAUUUCCCCGUUCUUGUGUUCCGUUUUCCUCUCCCAAUGUCGGGCAAUCAGCGAAUGCAAAUAUCAGCGAUCGUCUCUCGAUUCGGUGACUAGGGUUUGUUUUAAUCCGCGAGACGGUGAUCGUGGUCGGUAAGUGUGAAGGAGAAGAGGUUGUGCCGGCUUCGCUUGUCGUGUUCGUUCAUCGGCGGCUUCACUUGUUCUUGGUCUGGUUCGAUUCUGUCGUUGGCAUUCGAGAGACUUGAGAGAGAUGUGAGGAUGGUAUUGAAGUCAGUCGGAGAGAAGGGUAAGUGGCGAAACCGGACAUUACAGCGAUGGUGGUGCCGGCGGCGGCGGCGGCACCGUCCAGGUCGAGGGUGAGGAUGUGGAUUCUACGGGCCACCACGUCGGUGUUGCUGUGGACGUGCAUAGUGCAGUUGACGGCGCUGGGGGAGACGUGGGGUCCGAGGGUGUUGAAGGGAUGGCCUUCCUGUAAUCAUCGGGAUCGGUCGUCCCUCGCUACCGAAGCUAAGGAGGUGGUCAAGGUCAAGGUCUCUUCCCGAGACCAUCCUCGGCGUGUUUUGCCUCCCAAGAGGGUUUACAAGAACAAUGGAUACUUGAUGGUCUCUUGCAAUGGAGGACUUAAUCAAAUGAGAGCCGCGAUUUGUGACAUGGUUGCCAUUGCUAGAUACAUGAAUGUCACACUCAUAGUCCCUGAGCUGGAUAAAACUUCCUUCUGGGCUGACCCCAGCGAGUUUCAUGACAUAUUUGAUGUUGAUCAUUUCAUCACCUCUUUGAGAGAUGAGGUUCGAAUCUUAAAGGAGUUGCCACCCAGGCUCAAGAGGCGAGUGGAACAGGGACGAAUUUAUUCCAUGGCGCCAACCAGUUGGUCAGACGUUUCUUACUAUCGUCACCAGAUUCUUCCCCUGAUACGGAAGCACAAAAUCGUACAUUUCAAUAGAACUGAUGCGCGACUUGCCAACAAUGGCCAACCACUGCAGCUUCAGAGGCUGCGUUGCCGGGUGAAUUUUAGUGCUUUGAAGUUCACUCCUCAGAUAGAGGAGCUGGGAAGAAAGGUUAUAGAGACUUUAAGGGAAAGUGGUCCUUUUGUAGCGCUUCACCUUAGAUAUGAGAUGGACAUGUUGGCCUUUUCAGGCUGUACUCAAGGUUGCAGUGAUGACGAGGCGGAAGAGUUGACAAGAAUGAGAUACAAUUAUGAGCAGUGGAAAGUAAAGAAAAUCGAUUCUGAUAAGCAGAGGAUAGACGGUCUUUGUCCUUUGACUCCUGAGGAGACUGCUCUUACGUUGAAGGCUCUGGACAUUAAUCGGAAUAUGCAAAUUUAUAUUGCUGCUGGUGAAAUUUAUGGUGGAGAAAGAAGAAUGGCAACUCUCACAAGGGCUUAUCCAAAACUGGUUAAAAAGGGGACACUAUUAGAGUCCUCAGAUCUAAAACCUUUUCAGAAUCACUCCUCACAGAUGGCAGCAUUAGAUUAUCUUGUGUCCUUGGAAAGUGAUGUUUUUGUUCCCACCUAUGACGGGAAUAUGGCUAAGGUUGUUGAAGGACAUCGCAGGUUUCUUGGUUUCAAGAAGACGAUCUUAUUGGAUAGAAGGCUUCUUGUGGAGUUGAUAGACCAGUUCAGUAGUGGAAGUUUAAGUUGGGAAGAUUUCUCUUCUGCCGUUAAGGAAGUCCAUGCAUUCAGCGUUGGCAAUCCCACAAGGAGGUUGGUCAUUCCAGAUAGACCUAAAGAAGAGGAAUACUUUUAUGCAAAUCCACAAGAAUGCUUACGAUCAUCUAGCGAUGCAUAAUUGGUUGUUGGUUGUUGGUUGCGAGAUCCUGAUUUUCUCAAUUUGCUUCUGCAAGAGCUAUUUGCAGAGAUCUCGGACGUCUUCAUCAUAUCACUUUCACAAAAAAAGUUUUAUUCUGAAAGGGCCUCAAGUGAGAUAACUAGAAGAGUUUACCCUUUAAGAAAGGGUCAAAAAUCCUGUAGAAGCUGCAUGGGUACACUCCUGACCUUCUCUAUUCAUGUGAAUUAUUCAAUUGGUGUACAGAAGCCACAUCAUGCCAUUAUGGGGUCAUGUUCGUUCAAAUUGCCCGUGCACUUUCACCGCAGAUGCAACUACAAAUGUGGUCUGCAGCAACUGUGAAUUCGAUGGAGGGCAAUCCACAUCCUCUCACCGGCUGCAUCUUUCCUUUUUCCUUUUCAUUAUCUGCUUCUCUUUCUUCUCAUACACAUUCUCUUCAAUUUCUUCACACAUAACCGCCGUUUCUUUUGUUCGAUGCCCACUGAAGCACCAAAGCAACUGGCAACAUGAUUAGAACACUUGUUGGACAGGAGAUGUCAUAUGAUUUCUCCUAUGUUUCUGGUUUUUUCCCCCUUUUUGUGGUGCAUAAGUGACUGCAGCUUUUCCAGCUUUUCUGGUCUUCUUUGCAAUACGUCCAUAGAUGUUAAUGUAAAGCAAGUGUUUCUGUUGUCAUGUUGACAACCAUGGAAUGUUGGAUAGAGCUUCAUGCGAUUGGCAGUCGAGACAUUUGUUUACAUUCUUGACAGACAUGUUCUUAAUUGUUCUUUAGCAUGUCUGUUAUGACAA